UCUCUCAGCUCUCUCAAGUCUCAAGAUGGAAGAGAGGCAUCCAAACUCAACAUACUUCAUCACCAUCUUCAUCAUAAGUGGAUUACUCUCGACAGUGGGCGAGUCGUCCAAGCCUUAUGCAAAUUCCACCGAGUUCCCUGCUCCCCUACCUAAUGACCUCUCUUCUCUUCCCAAUCUCUUCGCCAAUGAACUCCGCUUGGACCCAGACAGCAUCAACCUUGCCUCCACUGACUAUGGCAACAUCUUCCGAGUAUUCCCUGCCGCCGUCCUCCACCCCACCAGCUUAAACAACGUUGUUUCCCUCAUUCAGUCCUCAUACAACUCCUCGACCCCGUUCACCAUUGCCGCCCGAGGACAAGGCCACUCGGUGCAAGGCCAGGCCAUGUCUCAAGGCGGGGUUGUUGUGAACAUGAUGUCCCUUCGAGAGCAUGCGAUAAACAACAGCAAUAAUGACCAAAGCCGAGCAUUUAUUGCCUCUGUCUUCCACAGGCCUUCUGGAAAAUAUCUGCAUUACGCAGAUGUUGGGGGUGAGAUGUUGUGGAUUGAUGUGUUACAGGACACGACUAAGCAGGGGUUUUCCCCUGUUUCAUGGACCGACUAUUUGUACCUAAGCGUUGGUGGGACACUCUCUAAUGCGGGGAUAAGCGGGCAGACAUUCCGGUUCGGUCCUCAGAUCAGCAAUGUGCAUGAGUUGGACGUGAUCACUGGAACCGGGGAGUUCUUGACCUGUUCGCGUUCCAAAAAUUCCGAGCUAUUCUAUGCCGUCCUAGGUGGGUUAGGACAGUUUGGGAUCAUAACCCGGGCACGAAUUGCCUUAGAACCUGCGCCAAAGAGGGUUAAGUGGGUAAGAAUGUUGUACAACGACUUCUCAGUUUUCACGAGAGACCAAGAACGUCUGAUUUCAAUCCAUGGAAGGAAACAAAGGAAUGCGCUGGACUACGUGGAAGGUUUCCUCAUGAUGAACCAGCAAGGCUCUCCAGACAGUUGGUUUCCAUCUUCCGAGCACGCGAGAAUUACUUCGUUAGUAACCAAAUAUGGAGUUAUCUACUGUCUUGAAGUUGCCAAGUACUACGAUGAUCUUUCCCGUGAUUCAGUUGACAUGGAUCUAGAGAAUUUGUUCAGAGGGUUGGGACACACCCCAGGAUUUAGGUACAAGAAGGACGUAUCAUACGUGGAAUUUCUGAACCGGGUGCGAGUGGGAGAGCUUCAGCUUCGAUCUCAGGGACUGUGGGAUGUUCCUCACCCGUGGCUGAACCUAUUCCUCCCUAAAUCUCAUAUUUCCGACUUCAACGAAGGCGUUUUCAGGAACAUUAUUCUGAAAAACAACAUCACCACCGGACUCGUCCUCUUUUAUCCCAUGAACAGAAACAAAUGGGACGAUCGAAUGUCUGCAUCGAUACUGGAUGAAGAAGUUUUCUACACCGUAGCAUUUCUUCAGUCAACUGGCUUUGACGACUGGCAACAUUUCGACCAACAGAACAACCAGGUCUUACAAUAUUGUAAGGAUGCCGGUAUCAGAAUCAAGCAAUACCUUCCCCAUUACCGGAGUAAAGAAGAUUGGGCCGGUCACUUCGGCUCGAAAUGGAGGACCUUCCGUGAACGAAAAACACAGUUUGACCCGAAAAUGAUACUAUCUCCUGGACAGAUGAUCUUUAAUUAGUAGAUAGGUCAAUAGUUCGAUAGGAUAAAUAAAUCCUUCAUGGGUUUUCUUGGUUCAACACCUAUUCGGUUUGAGAUCAGAAAAGCAUAAGUAAUAUUCCUAGUCUUUGUUUUUUUAUUAUUGUUUCUCCGUCAAUGGAUGUAUAUUGUCAAGUUGAAUGAAUCAAGUAAUGAAGGAAAAAGAUUGC